CACUAAACCCAUACUGGCAACAGCAGCACUCAGCCCUGCUCUUACCUCUCCAUAUAUAUAUAUAUAUCAGUGGGUUCUUCCGUGCAAGCUCGCUCACCCCUCAGUCCCUAGCUAGGCUGCCAAAUGAGAAGAGGGAAGAAGUCUACCAUGGCUCGGCGCUACCACCUGACCCUCCUCUCCGUCUUCUCCUUCCUGCUCCUCACCGGCCUUUUGGCUGCUCAUCAGUCCCGAGGGAAGAAAGCCGGGAAGAUAGUGACCCUGACCGUCCAGUACCCGGCCGUGGACUCACCGCCGGGGGAGAAGAUCAAGAUCUCAGCGCACUACGUUGACGAGCACGGGGGCCGCGAGCGCCACUUCAACCUCGACUGCGACGACGACGAGCCCCUCGGUUUCGGCAUGAAGUACCUUCUCUCGACCCUGGAGGGGAUACGAGAUGCGCGGGAGUCUCGAUCCGAGCUCUAGUAGCAGGUGGACCGAAGCAGUGGUGGAUGGUUGCAUGUCCAGUGCCCGCUGGAGAUUGGAGAAGGAGCUGCUCCUUUUGUCCAAAGUGAAAAUAUUUUAGGCGCCUUUUAUUUUAUGUCGUAGUAUCUACAGAUCGAUCGGUAAUAGUGUGGUUGAAGUGUGCAGGGUGCUGGAGUACGCUGAUCUUAAUGUAUCUCUAUGGUAUAUCGUGGAUUGUGUGUGUCGCUUAUAACAUAAUUAAGAGGCAAUUAUGUGAA